GUGAGUCCAUACGGGCGGCCUCGGAGUGGUGAAGCCCGAAGGCUCCACGGCUUGGAGAGCCGAGAGAGAAGGUUGCUGCUGAAGAGGCGUCCGCGCAGGAGGAGACCUGAGCUAGGUGGCUGGGGGUGGAGAGUGCAUGCAUCAGGCGAAGGAGUGCGGAAAGAAGAAAGUGGGAGCAGGAGGCCGGGGGUGAGCAGCAGUCAAGAGGGGUGGCAGAAUGAAUGUGGGCACAGCACACAGCGAGGUGAACCCCAACACACGGGUGAUGAACAGCCGCGGCAUCUGGCUCUCCUACGUGCUGGCCAUCGGGCUCCUGCAUGUCGUGCUGCUGAGUAUCCCCUUUGUGAGCGUCCCUGUCGUUUGGACCCUCACCAACCUUAUCCACAACCUGGGCAUGUACAUCUUUCUGCACACCGUGAAAGGGACACCCUUCGAGACUCCAGACCAGGGCAAAGCCAGGCUGCUGACCCACUGGGAGCAGAUGGACUAUGGGGUCCAGUUCACAGCCUCUAGGAAGUUCUUGACCAUCACGCCUAUUGUGCUGUAUUUCCUCACCAGCUUCUACACCAAGUAUGAUCAAGUCCACUUCAUACUCAACACUGUGUCCUUGAUGAGCGUGCUCAUUCCCAAGCUGCCCCAGCUCCACGGAGUCCGGAUCUUUGGAAUCAAUAAGUACUGAGGCUGUAGCCCCUUCCCUAGCCAGGUUGGCAGGGGAAGGGUGGAAGGCCUAGGCUGUGAUGCUGCAGACAGAGCCUCUGGACACUGCCAGAGAUGGGGGUGUGCCCUGGGCCUGGCUUCCCCCUCGCUUCCCCAGUAGCCGACUUGGAGUAGCUUGUAGUGGGGUUAGGGUGGGGCCCUUGGGCUCUAACCCAUUCUGAAGUUUUUGAUCUUUUCCUUUUGCCUUUUGAAUAGAGAUGCCAUGGGGGUGGUCAGGAAAGGGGCUGGGCUCUCUGGCUGACUGUGGGCCUGAAAAGUUAGGACAGGAAGCCAGGAAAAACCCCUGUUGGCUUGUUUACCCUCAGGCGGCCAUAGCACUUUAGCCCCCGAAAAGGGGGCAGAGGGACGGUACAGCUUCUACAUUGAUUGCCCUCAGUCCUUCGGUGUAUGAGGUGAGACUCACUGUUCUGUAUGUAUUAGAACCCUGACCGUGCUGCCUCCGCCCUCCAGGCAGAGAGCAGUCGGGCUUUGUUCACUUCCUUGCAACCCACGAUGAGCUGUAGGGCAGGGGAGAUUAGGAAAGGAAGAUGGGUUGGUGGGUCACCUAGAGGUGAGCACAGGAUGCUGCCGCCCUGGUCUGGGGAGAGGGGAGUUCUGAGCAGGGGUUGGGUGGGGAUAGUAGGUUGGGUCUUAGAAUGGACAAGAUAGCAGCAGCCAAUAUGGAUCACUGUAAAAAAGAGGUCUGGGAAGGAGAAGCCAGACUCAGCCUCCUUUGGGAUGUGGGCUAGAAGGAGAGCUGGCAUGGAGGGUUAAUUUACCCACAGAAUGAUGCUGAUGGGGAGGACGGCCUCUGUGGGUUGGAAACUCCUGGGUUGGAAUGAGGGCGUGCACAGGCUGGAAGAGGCCUGGGAGUCCUCAGGAGCAGGUCUACUUGGACACUGACCUUAGUGGUGUGAAGAAGCUGAGAGAGGCCUUCCUUAGCCGGUCAACUUGUAUUCCUGUGUAGAUUGUGCUGGGGCAGUGCCUCCUAUGUGGCUUGCAUGUGAAUGAAUGGUCAGGAGGCCACCUCCACAUGCAGUCAGUGGUCUCCAUAGUGCUACAGGAUCCUGCCCAAACAAGGCAGUAGUAGGGACAGCUGCAGGCACUGUCUCCUCAGCCCAAAGAAAGGCAGGUCACAGAGCCUGAGGCUAGGCCGGAGAGGAGCUGUCUCUCCCCUCGCUGGUUCGACUGGGGCAUGUUCCUUUGGAAAUGAGUGGCUGCCCAAGCCCUCUCCCAGGGGCUAGAGGUCACUCACCUUUCCCCCGACCCUCGUCCUGAACCCCAUGUAUCAUAGGGAACUUUCCCCUUCUGGUCUUUCUAAGCAAAGUGUGAAUAGGAUUUUUACUCCCUUUGUACAGUAUUCUGAAAAAUGCAAAUAAAGAGCACCAUGUUCUGUUUACCA